AUGUCUGUCCUUGACGCUCUCAAGGGUGUUCUCAAGCUCUCCCUCAUGCACGACGGUCUCGCCCGCGGUCUCCGUGAGGCUUCCAAGGCCCUCGACCGCCGCCAGGCCCACAUGUGCGUCCUCAACGAGUCCUGCGAGGAGGAGGCCUACAAGAAGCUCGUCAUUGCCCUCUGCUCCGAGCACAAGAUCCCUCUGAUCAAGGUUCCCGAUGGAAAGCAAUUGGGCGAGUGGGCUGGUCUCUGCGUCCUCGACCGUGAAGGUAACGCCCGCAAGGUUGUCAACUGCUCUUGCGUCGUCGUCAAGGACUGGGGUGAGGAGUCGCAGGAGCGCUCCAUCCUCCUCGACUACUUCCAGUCUGAGGCUUAA